AAAAAAAAAUCCGCGUUAUUUAUUGAACCCGCCAUUUUGAAGCCCUUUUUUUCCCCCCUUUUUCCUAUUGAAUGCAUCUAACCAUCUUUCAUGACCAAUCCAUCAAUAUUGCAAGAACGUAGUAUUGUCGUUAUAUGUGAACAUGUAUCGAAUUACUGUGAACAAUAUAUAAAUUCUGCUACCAAUCUUUCUCCUCAUUAUUUGAGAUCAUUUCAUUCCUUUUUACCUGAUUUUCUUGUACAUGUAUUUGGUUCACCAACUACUAGAGGUUGGAUACAAACCGAAAUACAGCCAGUCCAAGAGGAAGCUAUUAAAAAGUUACUUUCUAUUAAUGGCCCUUUCUUUCAAGCUUUAUUAAAACUAAGUUUGUACCCUGAAUAUUCUUAUAUUCUUGUGCAAGAAAGUUUACCAGUAAGUGUUGAUAUACGACAGAUACUUUCAACAGGAGCUAUUCAUCUUUUGCCACCCGUAUAUAAAGAUUGUACAGAUAUAGGCACUUCUGCAACGACACCCACAAAUCCAUUAGACAUAAAAGCCGCAGCAACACGACAGUCUACACUCAUAUCUUCAAAUGUUGGAGGAAAUAGGAAAAUUAAGCUGAAUAUACUUCAGUUUUAUUUGUAUUACUUUGUAAGUGUUCCUACAUGGCCACCUUUAUCCCCUCCCUCUCCUUCAUUCCCUUCUACUUCUUCUCAGCCUACAUUUACAACUUCAUUUACAAAUUUUACAAAAGGUGGAACGACAACGACAACGACAACGACAGCAACAAAUACAACAGUAAACAACUCAAAGAUGUAUUCCUAUGGGACCAUCAGUAAUACUUCAUCCACCCUAAAUUCUUCGCUCUCUUCUAAUAACACAAACACAAAUCCACCCCAUUUAAUACCAGGCAAACUAAGAACAAUGAUAUAUAGUGUAUAUGACAGUGUGCUAGAGGAGUAUUUGACUCAACUUAUCCCUAUUGGCACAAGUAACUCAUUCCCUAACAUUGUAAAUACAUUCCUCUUUGAUGCGUGUAUGGAACUUUGGAUUCGUACAACAUGGGUUUCUUCAGGUCAACGACUUAGUAAUGAGAUUAUGCAUUAUAUCACAACCUUUGUAAAAUACAUUGUUAAACAUAACCUUCGUGAUUGUGUUUUAAAUGAAAGAUCAUUAUUUUAUCAAGUCUACUCAACUCUUAGGGACGAAUUAUAUACUCUUAUAUCUCGAUUAGCAUUAAAUUGGUGUAAACAAGAUGAUUAUUUACAAGUGGUUGAAUUGUGGUCUAUAUGGGCUGCACCAUGGAGAUUUGGUGCUACUCCACGCAGUUCAGAGAAGCAAGAUUACACGCCUAUCUUACAUGGAUGGUCACCUUUUAUAUUAGAUAAUAUUUUAUAUUAUACUUCAUUGGUUAAUAUUCUCUUACAACGUACUAGUACAUUUCCAUACAAAGACAAUUCAAUACAACAGCAGCAGCAACAACAACAACAGAAGACAUAUACGUCGGGAUAUAAUGAUGGAGGUACAAUGGGUGGGCAUUUGCGAAUUUUGUAUAGAAUCAUUAAUGUGAUUAAGGCACGAGAACUUGUUGAACUUUUGGCCUCUAUUGAAAAAGGAUUAGAAAAGUUUCAAACAGGAUCAGUAGGCAUAAUGACUGGAUCACCUUUGUCAAACAAGCCAUUUAAACGUUUAUCAUUAAUAGCUUAUGGAACUGAUAAGUUUGAUUCUGUGAUUGAAGAAAAAUUAAAAAGGGCAUAUGAUAUGCUAGUAUUACUGGAAGGUCAGACAGGAGGUAUUUGGAAGCCAAAGGGUUUAUAUACGAACGAUAUCCAACCUCGUUCUGAGGCACUUUUAAAGACAUUAAAUGCUAUUUAUAAUGCUAUUCUGGUGCGCGAGGGUAAAAAUUUGAACAUUGUCAAUUCGCAAAAAGCAGCUGAACAAUUAAAUCAGUUAAAAGAAGUUUACAGGAUUUUAACUACACUUUUUAAUGUAACGGAUACAAGUCAUUUAGUACUAAAUACAUCAACCACACACACUUCACAGCCAAAGUCAAUAACGCCAACCACAAAUACAUCAACAGCUGAAUAUAAACAAAAGUUAGCAGGCCUAAGUAAUGGAGGAUUCUUGACAGAAAAAGAGAUUGAACUUGUUCGACAAGGAAAAAUGAUAUGUGCUGAAGAUAAUGUUCCUACUGUAGGAAAUCGUUCACAGAAUAUCGCUCGUUCUUAUGAACUUUCUAUUCUUGUACAUUGGACACUGUUGAUUGAUCAGAAACUUAACUUUUAUUAUAAUAAUCUAUUAUCAGAAAAUAUCAGACCCAGCUUUUUACCUAAACGAUUAACGACUAGACCACUUGCUAAUCCAGUAGAUAUAAUAUACAUAGUGAUACUAUUGUAUAUAUUCUGGAGUUUUAUCAGAUUUGUCUUUUAAGGGUUUACAUCUAUAUUCAUAUAUAAAAGAAAAAGAGUUUGCAAGCAUUCAUGGUUUACCUUAUAGAAUAUUACACACUGUAAAUAUUAUAUAAUAAUAAUAUUAUUAUUAUUAUUUUUUUUCUUUCUUUCUUUCUAAUUAAUGUAUAUGCGUAUUUGUAAUUAAAGUAUGUUAUUAUCAAU